GUGGCGGAAAUGACCGAUUUUCUUGUUUUCUUCUUACUUUUGCAUUCACGUUUCCGUCGUCGUUGCGUUCGUCGUCGCCGCCCGCCGUUCCCUGCGUCUUUCUUUAUUAUUCGUGGGUGGGUGCCGUGAAUUCAAGGAAAAGUUCAUUCUCUUUAUCAACGUUUCCAAGUUUAAAUCUAUCUAUACACCGCACUCUUCACUCCAUUUUUUGUGCGUGUCAUUUUUUAACCAACUCAACCACAUUCGUUUGAUCAAAGAGCUCAUAUUCGUGCUCUUCCCUGUCCUCCACGGUCCCUACAUCUAUCUACCGUCUUUUCUCUAACUUCUUCCUCUUUUUUCUACACACAUUCCGCCGUUGCCUUCUCCCUCCAUCCAUUUGUCACCGUAAUCCUCCCCCACUCUCCUUACCGCAACAAUGGACGACUCACAGGCAGCUUUCGCAACUCAGUAUCCUUCUUACAGCUUUGAUCUCGACAUGAUGAAGAGGUCUAUGGAUGCCGUCGGUGGUCCUGAUGCCAAAAAAGCUCGCUGGUCUCCAACUUCCUUCGCUGCCUCAAACGGUACCAAUGGUCUUUCCUCGAACACCGCUUCGACCCGCGACGCGUUUGCCAACUAUGGUUAUGGCCCUCAAGCCAGUAUCUCACAGUCUGGGUUCAAUAAUUCUCCCCCCGCUGCUUUCGCAGGCAACCCCCUUUACUCUACUCCUUCGCUCACCGUAAACACAGGUGUUACUGCAAAUGGGAUGACCUCACAAUUGAGCCCAAAUACAGCCUCUGCCUUUGCACAACAGCAACAUCAGCAGCAACAACAGCAGCAGGUCAAUGGAAAUGGCAAUGCUUAUGGUAAUGGAUUUGGUUACAACAUGCUCGGCAUGGGUCUUCCUGGAAUGAACAUGCUUGGCAACUUCCCAUACGGUAACCAAAUGGGCAAUUUUGGACAGUAUGAUAUCUCUCAGAAUUUCAAUCAACAGCCGCGACAACUCUCUCUUAACGUCAACAUUCCCUCUGCUCCCGCUACCUACUCUCCUGCUGCACUGACGGCAGCUCUUUCCGCAAAUUCGAAUGCUACAGGGCGGACCGUUUACGUCGGUAACUUGCCGGCAACUGCUUCUGUUGAUGAACUUCUCAACUUGGUGCACUUUGGCCCCCUUGAGUCUAUCCGUGUGCUUCCCGAAAAAUCAUGCGUUUUCCUGUCUUUCUUGGACGGAUCCACGGCAGCUGCUUUCCACGCAGAUGCGACUAUCAAAAAACUUGCUCUGCAUGGACAAGAGCUUAAGAUUGGUUGGGGAAAACCGUCUCCUGUUCCCGCCCAAGUAGCUCUCGCCAUCAGCCAAAGCAAUGCUAGCAGGAACGUUUAUCUCGGAGGUCUAGAUGAGAGUCUAACGGAGGAACAAUUGAGAGAUGAUCUUAGCCGAUUUGGAUUAAUAGAUCAGGUAAAGAUCGUUCGUGACAAGAAUAUUGGCUUUGUGCAUUUCUUGAGCAUAUCUGUGGCGACUAAGGUAGUAAACACACUUCCCACAGAGCCAGCAUGGGCUGGUAAGCGCGUGAAUUACGGCAAAGAUCGCUGCGCAUAUAUUCCGAAGUCGCAGCAAGCUGCUGCCCAGGCUGCUCAAGCAGCGGCUGCGCAGUCACUUGUGGCGCAGUCUGCCGUACUUUCUCCCACAGGGGGAUCGGCACCUUUUGGAGCACACUUCAACCCAUAUACCCCUUUCGCGCCUGAAUCUCUUCAAAGUAUGGCUAGUGCACAGGGCUUGAACCGCACCGUGUAUCUCGGCAACAUUCAUCCCGAGACCACGACAGAAGAUUUGUGCAAUGCAAUCAGAGGUGGCGUUUUGCAAAGUAUACGCUAUAUGCAAGACAAGCACAUUGCAUUCGUCACGUUCGUCGAUCCGGCGGCAGCAUUCACGUUCUUCCAGGUAGCAUCUUACCAAGGACUUACUCUGAACAACCGGCGAUUGAAGAUUGGCUGGGGAAAGAACUCGGGCCCACUGCCGCCUACUCUUGCACUCGCCGUCCAUUCGGGUGCUACCAGGAACGUGUACGUUGGAAAUAUUGAGGACUUCGAGUCGUUCAACGAAGACAGGCUCAAGAGAGACUUUGGCGAAUUUGGAGAUAUUGAGCUUGUCAACUUUUUGAGGGAAAAGAACUGUGCAUUCGUCAACUUUACGAAUAUUUCGAAUGCGAUCAAAGCGAUCGACGGAGUAAAGAACAAGCCUGAUUACACGAACUUGCGUAUUGCUCACGGCAAGGAUCGUUGUGCCAACCCUCCUCGAUCAGGACCUCAAGGUGGUUCACGGAGGUCUACAAGUGGUAAUGGCCCUACCCCCAUCGAUGCAUUGAAUGGUGAUAUAAAAGAAGAACCGGAUGUAUCUGAAGCAAUCUUGCUCGGCGAGGAUACCAGUACCGCUCUUGCUGUCGCUGGUCCUGGUCCUGGUCCAGAGCUCACGCAAGAGAUGCAUGUAGAUAUUGUCCAUGAAGGUGUUAACGGUGCCAAUUAAGUUUGGGCGCCUGUUUACUUCGAAGUUGUUCCCGUGCUUCCUGAUAUCAAUUGUCAAACGCGGCACCUAUUCUGAUCGAAUACCUUGAAAGCGAGAAAAAAAAACUUCAACAAGUGGAUGGAAAGAAGUUGGCUCGGAUUUCCGCUGAACAUGUCCAUGAUCUUUUAUUCACCUUCGCAGAUCAUCGUCAGUAUUUAUGAUUAGCGAGCGUCAAAGAAUAAAUGGUGUGUUUUGGCGGUUUUGGGCUAUUGGUUGUUUCUUCUUUAUCAACUUGGCUUUCGUCUCCACUUCUAGUACUUUAUUAUCUUUUUUGUUACUUUUUUUUCUUUUCGUGUUCAAAGUUCUAUUCUCAUACCACCGUCGGCUGCUCUACUUAUGCCUCUCAUUAUCGAUUCAUUGCCGUGUCCAAUGCUCCUCUGCGGACUG